UUUCUCUUGCGACGAGCGCACUUUCGGGCCGUGGAAGAGGCCGUUGGACCUCGGUGUUGUUGAGUGACAGAGUGAACGUGGACAAGCACGCAAUGUAUGAUUAUGAGAAGAUAUGUGACUUUAAACAGCAUAUGCUAUGUCUGUUCUGGCUGCGCUUCAAUAGUUGCCGCCUGGCUCAAUCGGAGCGAUCAGACUACUUACUUGCCUUUCUGUUACAGAUACUCAAUACCUAGAUGUUCUUGUCGGCGUGACUACACUAUUCAACCCGAGCACGUCUUAGUAUGCCAUUAUAGAUGUGUAGGAGUCUUUAGCCCAUCGAUAGCAUCGUCGUGAUAUUGAAGACGAUGAAAGAAUUGAUAAGGGGCCCUGGCUGCAACUUGCAAACUUCUCUC